AUGCAAUUGGGAUCGCGACACAGCGAUGCUACGAACGAAAACGACGAGCGUACGCCGAGAGAUACUGAGACACUACUUGUAUCUCCGGAAUCGCUACGACCGAGUCACAUUUCUACUUCCUCUCGCACCACUGCACCGCCAAUCAAAGACCAGGAUCAACGCCUACCGCCAUCCGCAAAAUCACCGAGCUGGAUUCGGUCUUGGGACCUAGAAGUCAUUGCUGUAUUAACGAGCAUCUCUGCCCUCAUCGCACUCGUCGUUGUUCUUGCUGUCGAGAACGACAAACCGCUUUCAACAUGGCCCCUGCCAAUUUCGCUCAACACGGUCGUCUCUCUCUUGGCCAGAAAUAGGCAUUGGGUAUCUUUUGGCGCUGCCGUCACUCUGGGCCUGCUUGUUCUCGACCCUUUCAUACAAGGUGUAAUCAGUUACGAAGGCGACAACAGCACGGUGACAGACACCGCCGCGUCUAUUCUACGAGCUUCAACGUUGGACAUUGGAUAUGACCAAUUUGUGGGGGCGAUUACGAUUGAGUACGAAGGAACCAAGCAACGGCUAAUCUCCACGUCAUAUGAGCGGGUGGCAGACUCAUGGCAGUCGAGCCUUGAAAAUGCCAAGACGUUGAAGGCCGUAGAGGAUGAGGUUGGCAACUCGCUGGCUCCGUUCGCGUUCUUGGACUCUUGCGAUAUCGUGCCUCGAACUGACCUUCAACUGAAGGUUGUCAAUGGAAGUGUCGACCUACCGAACCAAGUCCAGCAGGUCUUCAAUAUCACUCAAAAAUCUAUUCAGUCAACGAUGGCAGGGUUGGAUAGCGUCAUCUCCACCUCAAUCAACAAAGUGUUGUCAAACUCGACAAAUAUCACGGCUUCGUUUGAGAACUCUGCCCGCCUCAUGAGUUACCGGAUGGGCGAAAUAGAUUCUAGUCGUGUUUCAGGCACUGCCGAACAGUGGGUGGUAUACAUCAGGGUUCGAUGGCCAUUCCUCGCCGCACCUAUUGCGAUGGUACUCGGAGGAGUUAUUUUUGCCACUGGUGUCAUUGUGGAAUCCCAGAAGCUCCGCCUCGAUAUCUUCAAGGCCGACCCUCUAAAGAUGUUGGUUUGUGGUCUUGAUGAUGAGACGAGGGGCUUUAUAAAGGUAAAUAAGAUGAGCGAGAAGGACUUGAAGAAGGCAACAAUGGGGUUGAGUAAGGGAGAGGACGGAGUAGAAUUGCACUUGAAAUCCUUAUGA